AUGAAAAACCAAUUACAUUUAAAUUUAAAUGUAACGGGAACAUUGAAUGUUGAUAAUGAUGGUAAUGCGAGUGAUUCGAUGGAAGCAGCAGCAGCAGCAGCAGCAGUAGCAGUAUCUAAGUUAAAAUGGGAUGGUGUUAAUGUAGAAACCGUCACAACAGUGCCUCAACAACAACAACAACUACAACCACACGAACAAAAACAACAUCAACAACAAAUACUAGAAGCAGAACAACAACAACUUAGGAAAGCAUAUAGCAAAAUCGAAGCAAUUGCAGUGGGACAGUCGUCUACAACUACAACAACAAAAACCACAAUUAGAGGAGACGUGGGAACAGUAGCAGCAGCAACAAAACGAGUAGCGACAUCGUUAUCAUCAUCACCGUCAUUGUUGAAUUCAUCAUCAACGGCAUUAGCUAAAUUUAACCGAAUCAUCGACAGUACAAUGCCGGCAACUAACUAUUAUCAGCACCAUUUGCAACAGCAGCAGCAAGCGCAAGAGAGCAUGCAACAUGCCAUAUGCGCCGGUGCAGCACCACCAGCAACGCUGAGUGAUGCACUACAGCAGCGCCUAGCGCUCGUCUAUCCCGACAUUGUCUCGACCGAUUCGCAAACGAAAAAAAUUAAUUUCACAACAGCAGCAGCAGCGGCGGCAACAGCGAAGACAACAGCAACAACCGCACAAACAGCAAAACCGAAAGCGAAAGUGAAAGGAAAAUCCGGUGCAACGCAUGAUCGUUCGCGUACAACGCGAGCGGAAAUAGCGACGGAAGUGGAAGCGGCAGCCUUGACGGCCGCAGCUGCUGCAACAGCGCCAUCAAACGACGAUAAUCAAAUGAAACGAAAUGAUGUGCAUUAUUUGUUGAAACAAUUAAAUAGUUUUAGUGAUAUAGAAGAAAUAGAAAUUGUUGAUAUGGAGCAAAGACAGCGACAGCUGGAUGAACAACAGCAGCUGACACAGCAGCAACAGCAACAGCAUAUGGGCCACGGCGUGGACAAGGCACACUCACCGACAGCGCAAUCGCUUGUGAUAACCUCGCCAUCGUCGCUGUCACACAAAGGCAUACGACGUUACGCCUCACUGCACCAACAGCAGUGCACGCAAUAUCCGCUCGACAGCGACGAGGCGAUCGACAGCGUCGAUCAACAGCAAUAUUUGCUGCAACAAUUCGACGACUACCUUUUUCAGUCCUGCCACUAUUUGGAGACAAAUUAUUUUGCCGCCAACUAUCGCACUGCCAUGGUUGAGAGCAGCUCACACGAGUUCCGACCAUCGACGACGACGACAACGGGCACAUCGGCCGCAUCUGUCUCAUCGGAGCAAUCCCUCGAGCUGCACGAGACCGAGCCGCCGAGCGUCAUCUGCAAGGCACCACCGCCACCAGCGCCUGCCACACCAACACCAUCUUCAAGCGGCGUCGACGUGCCGACAACACCCAGACGCUACGGCAUGCAAGCGCGUCUGACCAGCAGCGGCGUACAAACCGAGCUCACCGCCACUUCACUAAUGGAGGCGUCGCUGGCAAAGAGCAGCAGUAGUUCCGCUAGCUCUGAAGAGCAGCGCCGGCGUGCGCCAUUCUUCAAGUGCUGCUACACGCCUAUAGAUCGCUGGCGUGAAAAGCGUAGUGCAGCACACACAGCGGCGGCAGCGCAAAAGCGCGGCAGUCGACAAAGUGAGCGACCAAGUGUCACUGCAGCUACAGCGUCGGUUAGCAAACGCGGUGGCGCCUCCACCAGUGCCAGAGCGAGCAAAGCCAGUGUCGCACAGCAACAUACGCGCAAAAAUGGGCAUGCAGUCUGACAUUUCGCGUACGCAUUGGAGUGUGUAGGCGUGGGCAUGAGCGUGAGCGUGAGCAUGAACUUACUAACAAAACGAUGCAAAUUGAGAAUCCAUCAGCGUCGCUGUCUAUUUGCGAUAUCAACAAUUAUUUCUAUUUCAAAAUUAUACUUGGAAUAUUUACGCUAAUACUUUUGUAUACAUGAAGAUAUUCCAAGUAGAUUAUUUGUUUGAAAGCGCAAACUUAGAUGAUAAACUAGGAGAAGCAGCAGGAACAGUUAUUUUCUGCAGCGCAUUGAAGGCGCGUCAAUGCGUGGCAAAAAGUGAAAGAGAUUUUGAAUAUUGACAGUUGUAGUAAAGCAUAAAAUAGAAGUCUUAAAAAGUGUUCUAAAUGUUAAAGCUUUUUUAAAAAGCCUUUUAGUUGUAUGCAUGCAUGCAGGAAGUGAACCAGUCGUGUACUAAUGUCAGUUGGUACCAGUUAAACUAGUAAGCCACACACGCUAACCUCAAAGAUAAUAAAGAGCCACAAAUACGCCGCACUAAACAA